AUGGGCCAAUCCCAAGCCUCGCUGGAAGAGGAUGCAGAUGCUUCUCCCCUCAGCCCGGAGGGCAGGUAUGGCCGUCUGUCAAUCCCAGAGCUUAAGGCUCUGGCGGCUAAGCGUGGCCUACCAGUCCCGGCUGAGGUGGCUUCCAGUGCCGAAAGGACAUUGCUGUCGUCGAUCCUUCGCAGCUACGACAUCGGGCGGAAGGGGACGUGCUCUGGCAGUAUGUGCAUAGAUGCCGAAGAAGAACAAGUUGUGGUAAGAAGCCGAAGCAAGGUCUGCUCUUCAGUUCUUUCUGCGCUGCAGAAGAUCCGCGAUGCGCCUGGACACAUGGGGUGCGACAUUGGAGGAUCCCUGGCCAAAAUGGUGCUGGCGCUCCCUGAGCACCAGGCAGCCCAGUACCGCUUUCCGGAAUGUUUCGGCACGAGCGGUCGGACGCACAACCACUUGGAGAUGACCAUUGAGGCGCAGGGGAAGAAGUAUGUCCUGCGCUUCAUCUCCGGUUCGACAUCGCAGCUGGAGAUGGCGGUCGCCCACUUGGGCGACCGCCGGCGUGACUUCGGCCGCAGACACUCCGAACCCAAUUUUUUUGAUUCUGAGAUGCUGGAGCCAGAGAAACCGGAUCCGUGCCCGGAUCAGCACGCUGAGUCAGAAGACGCUGACAGGCCAAGGUCUGUGCGGAGAUUUUCGAGCUGGUCCGAUGAGGUGUUCACGGCCUCUGACCGCCCACACCGUCGAAUGGCCACCGCGGGUGGCGGUGCCUGUAAGUUUGCGCCGCUGUUUCGCGAUGCCUUGCGGGUAGAGCUGGAGCCUGUCCGGGAGAUGUCUGCCAUGGUAGAUGGGCUCCUCCUCCUCGCGCCGCCGGAGUGCCUGACAGGCACAGACGGCACGGGAGGCAGCGGAGAUGGCACGCAGCAAGACAUCUUCACCGUCACUGAGGAUGGCGCAACCAUUGCAAGGCCAUGGCCGCAGCCGCUGUUUCCGAUGAUCUUGGUCAUCAUGGGAACCGGUGUUUCGAUCCUCCGCGUAGACUCUGCAGCUCCCGGCGACUUCGUACGCGUCGGCGGCACAGCCUGUGGUGGAGGCUCAUUCUUGGGCCUGGCACGCAUGCUGACUUCUGCGAAGAGCUUCGACGAAGCUCUCAGCCUUGCUGCGGACGGCAACGCGCAGAAUGCGGACAAGCUCGUCAGCGACAUCUAUGGGGAAGACGGUUGCCUGACCCUGGGCCUGCCUGGCAACCUCACAGCCUCGAACUUCGGGAAGCUGGGCGAGAUGAGCGAAGCAAAAUGCUCAGAGCAAGAUUUGGCCAGAUCUCUGUUGCACAUGGUCACGCCGCAAUCUGUCCUUCUGGCUGCCGCACACGCCAAGAUGGCGGGCUGCAUUGAUCGGGUGUUCUUCGCCGGAGGCUUCGUGGACGAGAAGAACUGGAUUGCGCGCAAGGCCAUCGCGGCGACCUUUCGCAACCUGCAAGGCUGCGCCUACUUCCUGCGCCACUCCGACUUUCUUGGUGCGCUGGGCAGCCUACGGGGCGCCUUGCGAGCGCUGGAGGAGGAUCUUCCCGCUGCUUAG